UUUUAAUAUUCCUGGUGAGCCAGAAUUUAGUUUUCAAGGCAGUGGUUCUUUUGCUCCACCCAUGUUAGUAUCUGCCUUGCAGGCUCAUAAAUAUCUUGUAAAUGGUUGCCAAGGUUUCCUAGUCUCUGUUACUGAUGCUAGUAGUGUGACAUCGAGACUAGAAGAUAUACCGGUGGUGCGUGAGUUUCCAGAUGUAUUUCCGGAGGAUCUCCCAGGUUUACCUCCGGAUAGAGAGGUUGAAUUUGCUAUUGACCUUGUUCCUGGCACCGGACCCGUUUCCAAAGCACCAUACUGUAUGGCUCCUACAGAAUUGAAAGAGUUAAAAAUCCAGCUGGAGGAACUCCUUGAGAAAGGGUUUAUACGCCCUAGUGUAUCCCCUUGGGGAGCUCCAGUGUUGUUUGUCAAGAAGAAGGAUGGGAGCAUGAGGCUAUGCAUUGAUUACCGGGAAUUGAAUAAGGUGACUGUGAAGAACCGGUAUCCCCUUCCUAGAAUUGAUGACUUGUUUGACCAGCUCAAGGGUGCUCAGGUAUUUUCUAAGAUUGAUCUUCAAUAUGGCUACCACCAGGUGAAGAUUAAACCUGAUGAUGUGCCAAAGACUGCCUUUCGCACCCGUUAUGGUCAUUAUGAAUUCAUAGUCAUGCCUUUUGGCUUGACAAAUGCCCCUGCCAGAUUUAUGGAUUUGAUGAAUCGGGUGUUUAGCAAGUACCUAGACCAGUUUGUGGUUGUCUUUAUUGAUGACAUUUUGGUCUAUCCUUCUAGCCAUGCUCUUCAUGAGAAGCACUUGAAGACAGUCCUCGAGACGUUGAGAAGGGAAAGGCUAUUUGCUAAAUUCAAGAAGUGUGAAUUUUGGCUAGACAAUGUUGCAUUCCUAGGUCACGUGGUGACUAAGGAUGGAAUCUCUGUUGACCCCCAGAAAAUUGAGGCCGUGGUUGAUUGGAAGAGGCCAAAUAAUGUUGCAGAAAUCCGUAGUUUUCUGGGAUUGGCUGGUUAUUACCGCCGAUUUGUGGGGGAUUUCUCUAGAAUUGCUUUGCCCAUGACUCGUCUUAUCAGGAAGGACACCAAGUUUGAGUGGACCCCAGAGUGUGAGAAGAGCUUUUUGACCUUGAAGGAGAAGUUGAUCACUGCUCUUCCGCCCCUUAGUGCACAACCGGCAUUAAUAGAUAGAAUCAAACUUGCCCAACAAAAAGAUUCCUUCUUGCAGAAGAUGAAGGAAAAAGUAAGAGUCGGGGAACCCCACAUGCAAGAAUUCAGGACUUCUGAUGAUGAGAUUCUGUGGUUUGGUGACAGGCUGUGUGUACCAAGAGACCAUGCUUUAAGGCGUGAGAUUAUGGGAGAUGCCCAUUAUACUAGUUAUACAAUUCACCCAGGUAGCACCAAGAUGUAUCGCGAUUUACGUACUACAUUUUGGUGGUGGAACAUGAAGAGGGAGAUAGCUAGAUUUGUCUCACAAUGCCUGACUUGCCAAAAGGUCAAGGCUGAACACCAGAGACUUCUUGGAAAACUGCAGCCGUUACCUAUUCCUCAGUGGAAGUGGGAAAACAUCACCAUGGACUUUGUGAUUGGAUUACCACGAACCUUAAAGGGUAAUGAUUCCAUUUGGGUCAUCGUUGAUCGAUUGACCAAAUCAGCUCACUUCUUACCCUACCAAACUGGCACCUCCAUUAAAAAGCUUGCCAAUAUGUACAUGGAGGAGGUAGUCAAACUGCAUGGAGUCCCUGUGUCUAUUGUCAUGGCCUUUCAUCCUCAAACUGAUGGGCAAUCUGAGAGAACUAUUCAGAUACUUGAGAACAUGUUGAGGGCUUGUGUUCUAGAUUGGAAGGGUUCAUGGGAUCAACACUUAUCCAUGGCUGAAUUUGCAUAUAAUAAUAGUUAUCAGUCCAGCAUCCGCAUGGCACCGUUUGAGGCUUUGUAUGGUCGAAGGUGUAGAUCACCUUUGAUCAAGGAACGCCUUUGUGCUGCACAAAGCAGGCAGAAAAGCUAUGCGGAUAGAAGGAGACGAGACCUUGAGUUUGAAGUUGGUGACCAGGUAUUUUUGAAGGUGUCACCCACUCGAGGUGUCCUCAGGUUUGGCAUCCGGGGAAAAUUGAGUCCGAGGUAUAUUGGACCAUAUCCCAUCUUGGAAAGGAUUGGCGAGGUAACUUAUAAAUUGGAGUUGCCUGGGAAUCUAGCGGGUGUUCAUGAUGUGUUUCAUGUGUCCUUACUUUGGAAGUAUGUUCCUGACCCAAAUCACAUCAUUAAUCCCGAACCAAUUCAACUCUGGGAGGAUCUUACUUAUGACAAGCACCCGAUCCGCAUUUUAGAUUUCAAGGAGAGGAUGAUGCGGAGAAGGACCAUUCGUUUUGUUAAGGUCCUCUAGGACAACCAUUCGGUUGAAGAAGCUACUUGGGAGUUGGAAUCCAAGAUGAGGCAGGAACAUCUGCACCUCUUCCAAGAUUGAGUGAGAACGAUCGUGAAUCGUGGUUUCUGUAAAUCUUGCUUGGUUUUGUCUCCGAUAUGGUCGUGUAAUCGUGACCCCGCUAGUGAGGGAGGUUACAAACGCUAGCACAUGUCGACAUGUUCGUGAUAGAACCGGUUCGCUCGUGGCCCUACUAGUGGGGAUUAUACACUAGUACUCGUUUGCCUGCCAGUGGGAACUGGCC